CUUGAACUGGAAGAACAGCGACAAAAACAACGUCAAUUGGAACAAGAACGAGAAGAAGAGGAAAAAAGGCAGCGUCGAUUGGCACAAGAACGGCAAAAACAACUUCAAUUGGACAAAGAGCAACGAAGGCAACAAGAAGAUAAUCAGGACAACAAAGCGUAUCAGGCGAAAAUGAAACAAUUAGACGCGAUUGAACAAAAACUAAUGCAGCUUGGAUCUCCAGCAACAAAGGCUAGAAUACUGCGUAUUCCGUUACAGUAUCAACAAAAUGAUCAUCAUGGACUGUUUUUGGAUGGCAAUACAGCAGACAAUCGGGCGUUUUUGAUGUAUGAAGAUGAGAUCAUUCAAUGCAUGCUCCAAUUAGAUCAAGUUUUAUCUGAGGGGGACACAACCAUCCGUGAUCGUCGUCGUCAAUUAGUCAAACAAGCGGAACAACUUUUGGCACCUUUGGAUCAACAUAAGCAAGAAGAAUGGAAAAAGGAAACAAAACGAUUACAACAAGGUUCAAAAAGGAAACAUCGACAUCGCCAAAAGCGAAAAUUACAUGUCCCCACCACAGCUUAGAUUAUUUUGAUUAGUUUUAGUAGUUUUAUUAAAUAAUAAUAAAUGUAUAUCUCUGUUACACUUUA